UCGGCAUUCUCUAAAGCAGUUACAUUUCUUCACUUGUUAACGAAUAGUUUUGCAUAAUGCGUGGUGUAUUGAUUGUUGUAUUGUGUUUGGCAGGGUACCGCUGCGUCCAGGGCGGCGGCUGUCCGGCCUCACAGAAUCCCUCCGGGUCGUGGACGGCCCCUCCAGGCGGCUGCAACAGUGUGGAGUGUGUCGUGUACGACAUCAGCUCGCAGAACACCUGCCGUUAUGUCGACAGCGAGAAGGCCACGAAUGAUGCCCGCUGGAAAGCCGGUCUGAACGCCGAUGUGGAUGUGCAGAUCCUGAAGGGGAAGAUUGCCGCCUACAAGCUGCAAUGGUUCAACGGUGGUUGGUCGGAUUGGUAUGUGCCCGGCAAGAACGACAUUGACACCAAGCUGAACGGAUGCAGCAUGCGCCGACAGUGGUCGUACUUCUUCGAUCACGUCCAUUCUUACAUCAUCUGCCAGUAAUCGGUACGAUCGCCUGGCUCCAUGGUUGGCGAACUGACAAGGCUCUGUUUUCCGUUGGCAGUUUCAGAUGCGCUGUUAACGGUUGCUACUUUGUGUAUGUUACUAAUGGGGCCAAUGGGCCAUUAGCCAUGGUAAUCUUCACGUACGCACUUCGUUUCUCUUACAAUCUAAGUAGUUUGCAAAUUUAAUCAGUUCUUCAUAGAAUUUCUGAGUAUGCAGAUACAAUAAUAUUAUCUGAUUGUAUAUACUGAGUGGUGCUCGUUGAAAAAUAAAUCAACACAUAAUAUUACUUGUCAU